GCUCGCCUCUGUUGGCGCAAGCGCAGUAGAGUAGAGUCUCAAAGUGAAGGAGGCUGAUCCACAGAAACACGGAGAGUGGGCUUGCAGCUGUGUCCGGACUCCGUGGGACGGUUCGUGCAGGUCAUUCAGAUAAUCUCUGGACCCUUUCCUGGUACCUGCAGAUCAGGUUCCAGAUGUGCCUGUUUCAUGACUGCACUUGAGGUUGGAGACCUCAGAGAGCGAGAUGAUCAUCCAGACCUAGUGAGAAGGUUCCUCUCAGCUGAACGCUCCAGCUGAACCUCUUCGUCCACAUGUUCCUGCUGAGAGAUAAUUAGGUCUGUAAAAACCUAUUUCUGAGUUCAGACAAAAAGACGAACUUCCAACAUGGACAACCUGAUAGACUUUGAUCAGCCGUCCGAGGCCUCGUCUCUCUGCGUAGAACCUCAGCACCAAGGCCACACAGACAUUUUCUCCCCUGAGCCCCAGUCGUCCGCCCAGCAGACCCCGCUCCUACCAGAACCCCUGGCCCCGACGAAAGACGGCUCCCGGCGUCCAGAGGAGGGACGCAAUGAGGACAGUGAUGCCACAGAGUCCGCAGACAGCGAGAACGACAUGGACCCGCCGACUCUUCAAUGGGAACUCAGGAGGUCAUCUUCCUCGUCCGCUCACAGCGGAGAAGACGCAGACGCCGAGACGAUAGAGAGGAGGCAGUUCAUGAAGGCCUACGUGGAGAAGGUGUUCCACGGAAAGAAGGACUUUGGCCAGGAAGAGAAGGCGAGGUUUGGAGAGCUGUGCUGCGGAGAGAACGGAAAAGGCAGGGAAUGGUUUGCCAAGUACGUCAGCGCCCAGCGUUGCCACUCCAAAUGUGUGAGUGAAGCCACGUUCUACAGGCUGGUCCAGUCCUUUGCAGUUGUUCUGUUUGAAUGUUACCAGAUGGACGACUACAGCCCAGCUAAAAACCUCAUGACCAUGUGCUUCACAUAUUACUACAUCGGGAAGUGCCCACCGUCUCCCUCUGACCUGCUGGAUCCCGGUGGUCCGCAAGCCGGACUGGACUCGUAUCUGAACAAGGCGAACUCCUGGCUGUCGGGGAAGAAAGAUGCCGCAGAGCGCCUUCUUAAAAACACAUCGAAAUCUGACGUCAAAGGCUUCUUUGGAGGCCUGGAGAGCAAACUGAGGAGCUCAAUGGCUCCCAGGUCUGAGGAAGGCCCCGUUGAGAUGAAACCCAAGUCACCAGGGUCAGAGGCUCUGGAAGAGAAGAAAGAAGAAAAGGUUUAUUUGUACACUCACCUGAAACAACAACCCAUCUGGCACACACUGAGAUUCUGGAACGCUGCGUUCUUCGAUGCCGUCCACUGUGAGAGGACAAAGAGAUCUCCGACCACAAGUGGAGCGCAGGACGCAGAGAAAGACAAGAGAGAGAAGUGGUGUCACAUGACCCAGGAGGAGAGAGACGACAGCUCGAAAAUCGAUGAGAACAUCGCUUUUGGCCAGUUGGGGACUUUCACCCAUAACAUGCUGGCCUUUGGUCUCAGUAAGAAGCUCUGUAAUGACUUCCUGAAGAAGCAGGCGGUCAUUGGGAAUCUGAAUGAAGAGCAAUACAAGCUGCUGAGCGACCACAUUGAGAAGAUGGCGGCAGAAUGAGUUGGAAGACGGUGCCGCUUUCCCUCCAGCUUGUCAUCGUUCCUGUAUUUAUGUGGUCCAAUGCUGAAAAAUAUUAUCUGCUGUGCUGAACUCCCUCUGCAAACAGUUGGAAUAUGAGCAAUAAUAUAAGACCAUCAGCUCUGUAUAAAGGAACCAGUGGGACCAAAACCCUGAAGCAAAGUCAUCAUGUGUUCAUGUGCAGGUGUCACAUAUCUCUGUCUGACUGGUUUCUGGUGUUAUUUCCAGUCAAAUGUGUCUCAUUAAGGAUUCAGCAUGUUGUGAUCUGAUGUUCAGACGUUUAUUUGUUCCUUGAUGUUCUGUACCUUCCAUUUUUAAACUGACAGAGUCCGACACAAACAAGCAAGAUGUUGACUUGAUUUAAAGCUGUAAUCUGUUCUUUCAUGCUGGAUGUUAAACACAAAGAUUUACACCAGCUGCGCCAGGUCCACCUUUACAACAAAAAGGACCUUUAAAAUGACGUGGGGGUGUGAAACUGACACAGUCUCAUUUUAACUGCUUUAACCCAAACACACACAGAUUUAUCUCGCCUGCUAAGUGCCUUCUGUGGAAGUAAUUCGUUAUUCCUGAACAUCGCCACGCUCCGUCCCUCUCCCACUUCCAGGUGACUUCAUCCGUUUUGUGAGUGACGUGUCGGAUCUUUCCGAGUCACCCAUCUCUUGGAUCCUGCUGCAUGCUGCAUGUCCAAACCCAGUGAAUGCAGUUAGCUGCUGUUACUUAGUCCUGCCACUAAGGGGCAGCAUUGUGUCAUGUAUGAUCAGAACCAUGACUGAGGCUCCUUCUGGCUUUCUUUUCAUACUCGUGUUCACAUUUAAAUAUCUGGUGUAAAUAUAUUCCUCCGUGUGCUGCCUCGUGAUGGUAAAUGUGUAAAAAUUAGCCGUAGAGGUGUUGUAGCGCCCCCAUGUGUCUGUCUGGUGUGGUUCUUCAGUGUUCUCUGUGAAAUAGAAAGCAUUUCCUCUGCAGCUGCAUGUUUCCAUUGAUCCCUGUGAAUCAGUCCAUUUAGAAUGAAAGUUUGUCUGAUCUAAGGUGUUGGCAGUUGUGUUGUACAUGUCAGCUCACUGUAAGCCCUUUGCACUACAUUUACUCUCUUCAUGUCCAUCCAUGAGUGUUUCUGGGUUCUAAGUGGAACUGUAGAUAACUCCAAUGUGUUCAAUGUUAAAUUAUUGUAAUGAAAUACAAAAACCAGGUGAUUAAAUUGUGAAUAUGAUUUAAAAUAAA